AUGGAAUUUAUUAAAAAAAGUAUAAGUGCAUUUUCAGCAGACUCUAUCAAAAAAUAUAACUACGACGAAUAUAUAUUUUAUAGUAUCCAAUAUGCAAAUCUAUUUGGGGAAUAUGAUGAGCCAGAACAAUUCAAUUUUGUUGCAACCAAAAAAAAAAUAAAUUAUAGAAGCGUUUCACUCAAACAAAUAAAAGAAAUAAUUCCUAAAUAUAAGUUUUGCUGUUGCUAUUCAAAAGCCUGCAUCUGCGAAUUUAUAGUAAGGUACAAGUCUCGUGAUAACAAUGGUAUCUAUCCAUGGAUUUGGUGUGACUUAGUAUCUGAUCACGACACCGCGACUCCAUACAACUCUAAAAUAAUCCUCAAAAUACUAGUUUUUGCCAAUUUUUCAUCAUUUAACAACGCUGAUUGUUACUUAGAACCUACGAAUAUUAAGUGCAAUAAAAAAAUCGAAAAUGACCGUAUGCAACACGAAACCAAUAAAACGGAAGAUAUCAAUGAUCAAUCUAACACUGAAGUUCGAAAAAAUACAUUUCAAACAUCUAAUACUUACGAAUUUGACAAUUUAAUGAGUAACUCCAGUUUUAUUAAUAUCAAUUAUAAUGAACAAAUAAAAUCUGUGAGUCAUGAAGAAUCAUCUCCUUCGCCUUUAAAAUUAGAAUCAGAAACGUUAGAGUCAAGUACUGACGAAGAGAUUAAAAACUCUGGUUGUGAAGAUUUAGUUGAAGAAAUAGGCCGAUGGUCUAGAAAGCCUGAUGGGUCAUAUAAAGAUAUUCGAGUUCUACUAAGUUCUCUUCAGCAAGUAUUAUGGAAAGAUGCACAGUGGGAACCAGUUGAAUUCUCUAAGCUAAUGUCAGAUAUGGAGCUAGUAAAGAAAGUUUACAGAAAAGCGAUAAUACUUUGCCACCCUGAUAAGCAUCAUAAAGAAAGUAAAAAACACAAGAGUAGAGUUCACCUCAUUUUUAUGGCAAUUAAAGAGUCCCAUAAUAAAUGCAAUACUUUUUGUGUUCAGCCAUAUAAACAUAUUUAA